AUCUAACUAAUACCCACCCCCAUAAUUGAAGAUUCUCUUUGCCCAUCUCUGUCCUCAUAGUACCAAACUUUUGGAGUAGGUCCUUGUAUUUUCCACAUGUAAAUCAUUCUAUCUUGCUUCUAAAGCCAGCUUUUGGUAACAUAACAAACCCCAUUUUUUCCAUUUUCAUAUCCUUAACUACAAGAGCUAACCUCAUCAUUUUGUUCUCAAGAUUCUUUCUUUGCAUUUAACCACUCCUCCCUUUCCCUUGUCGAAAAACAUGAGACGCGUCGGGAAAUUCGCAUCUCUUCCCUUCUUCUCCGGUUGCGCUUCUCGCUCCAGUGUCGCAACGAGCACGCCUGUUUCCACGACUCAAACCCGAGAGCUUAAAGUUUCUGAAGAAAUAAACCCAAGUGUAGCAAGAAGAGAAGAAAGUGAGAAUAGAGCUUCUGAGGAGAAAAUGAAGAGCAAUUCUUCUGGGUUCUUAGUUGUUCUGCCUAACGUAUCAAUUGGAGUUCAUAAGUUGGUCAGAAGCCUCAAAACUUUCUCCCAAUUAUUUGUUUUGAGAAAAGAGGAAGAGGAAGAGGAAAUGGAAAUGGAGAUUGGAUAUCCAACAGAUGUGAAGCAUGUGACACACAUAGGAGUUGAUGGCUCCACCACUACAAACCCUAUAAAGGGAUGGGAAAAUAAUCUCAAUAACUUUGUUCCUUCUGAAUUUCUCUCUAAUUUCCCUUCCAUUUCUUUAAGGCAAUUUGAACUUUCAAUGGCUGCUCAAACACAAAAUCCUCUUCUUCAUUCAUGAUUUUGUUUCUUUUCUUUUUUCUCCUUUUCAAAACAAUGAUAUGGUAAAGAGAAAAUGAUUGUUUGUAUCAUAUGGCGAUGGGUUUGUUUAUAGCUCGAUCAUUUGAUUGUUUUUUAAUAUGUUUUUAAAUUUAUUUUUAGUUCAAGAAGGGGUGGGGUGAUUCGAAUC